AUGGCUGCGACUCUUCCUAUCGAGCUCAUUCGUCCUCCUCAGAACAGACGCGAAGACCUAUCUAGCUGCACAACAAUCCUGUCACUCCUGGCGUGGUACAUCCUAGACUCCCUCCUACAUCAGAUGGGGUACCUACUUCAUGCAAGCUGCCCGCCUAAACCGGCUCGUGUCUCGUCACCACGUCCACAAAAUCACCAGCCAGGCGGUUCUUACCAGAGACGUGCACACCUAACCACGGUAAAUCCUCGCAUGACAGCCAUGCACAUGUCGCCCCGAAGGGCUCCCAAGUCUUCGUAUACAGAAACAAUAAGCCCCCAGCGGGAUACACGGAUCAUCCACCGCGCAAAUUCGAAGGACUGCAGGCUUCAUGACCGUCAACCGACGACACUUAACACAUCGCAUCGCUGUCUCCUCGCAGGGCCACCUCGUCACCGUGGCGCUGGCCGAGUCAUCCAAAUCUACGGACUACAAGGCGCCUACGAGGACAACAAUCUUACCUCUCCGGCCGAGCACGUCCUCGGUCAGAGAAGUAAAUGUCUAGGACUCGCCCGCGCGCCCAGGACCGAGUACGAAGACGCCGACGGAGUCGUGGACGCUCUGGAAUUCACCGACAAUGGCACUCUCCUCCGAAUCACCAUCGGCAAGGGAUCCACCAUCCAUCGUCCGACUCGCGUGCGAUACCUAGACAAUCCGGACCUGGCUCCUCAUCCCCCGGAUCUCACCAACUGGCGUGCCGCUCAACUAUCAAUAUCUAGAUUCUGCCGCUCUGGCAGCCUCAUAUACCGAAGCCGCCACACGCAACCACGCCUGCAACUUCCGAGGACUCCGACUUCUCCCCCGCUCGGUGCGCAUGAUUCCCCAGAGCGAUUACUCCUCUAA